CUCCCUCAGUGUCUUUCUCGGUCUGCGUUACAGCGUCUCCUCCCGACUGUGCUCUCGCCAUCCCUGCUUCUCUCGCCCGUUUCCUCUGCUCUCUCUCUCUCUCUCUCUCUCUCUCUCUCUCUCUCUCUCUCUCUCUCUCUCUCUCUCGCUCUCUCUCUCGCUCUCUCCAGGCUGCGCCUCAUUGGUGUGUCCUGAUUCCCUUUUUCCAUUAGGCUCCAGGCCCAUUGGUCGUCUGCCUUCCAACCAUUAUCUCCACUCCUCCACCCCUCUGUCAUCCUUUCUCCCUUUGCUCUCCCUCCUUCCCUCAGUCCCAGUCAUCUCUCAAGUCGUAAAAAUGAUUUGCAUGCAGGAGGAGAGCAGAACUUUGCAGUGAGCACAGUAAGUGAAUUGGGAGAGAGUAAGGGAGAGAAAUAAACGAAAGACUGAAAAUAGGAGAGGAAGCGCAUUGGGGAGAGCAGGAGGAAAAGUUUAAAGAGAAGACUCCAGUUGAAAAUGAGUUUGGAGGAGACUUGGUGAGCCGUUCCUCUCCAGCUGAACGUCAGUAGGUCACGGUGGAAGCAGAGGUCUGGACCAGAGAGCUGCCUCAAGCCCAGAACAUUUCAGAUGGAGGUGGAUGCAGACGAUAAGCGCCAUCGCACACGCUCCAAAGUGCCUGUGGAUCCAGCAUUAACGGAGCUUUUCAGUGUGUAUGGCUGCCCUCUAGCCAAGAAGAGGAAGAGUCUAGACAGACAAACCUUGGAAACCUCCCCCAAGAGGAGCACUUACCUUGAUGACAUGGACAACUCCACAAUGGAGGAGUGCUAUGAGACAGACGGAACAGAGGAGAUGGAUGAGAGGGAGGAAGAAGAGGAGGAAGGAGCUGUAGAGGAGGAGGAAGAGGAGGGAGAAGUGGAAGAGGAAGAGGAGGAGGUUGAAGGCUACAUGGAUUACAACAUGGAACAAAUGGAGCACGAAGAAGGGGAGGUGGAGAGAGGGGACGGAGAAGGGGAAGAUGAAGAGGAAGAAGAGGAAGUAGAGGUGGAGCAAGAGGAGGAAGAGGAGGGUGACGAAGAGAGGGUGGAGGAGGCAGAAGAGGGGGAGGAGGAGGAGGAGGAAGCAGUAGAGGAGGUGGACUAUGAAGAAGGAGAGGAGGAAGAAGGAGAGCAGAAUCAAGGGCAAGAGGACGAUCAGAUGAGCAGUGACGAGGGGGGCGAGGGUGAUGGUGGAGGUGGCGGCAGCAAUGCCAAAUCUGGUCCGACAACAGAGAAGGACGACAACAAUAACGACGAGUACGAAAACUAUGAUGAACUGGUGGCCAAGUCCCUCCUCAACUUGGGAAAGAUUGCAGAAGAUGCUGCCAACCGUGCUAUGACGGAAUCUGAGAUGAACAGCAACUCCUCUAAUAGUGCUGAGGAUGAAGAGGAGGAGGAGGAGGAGGAGGAAGAAGAGGAGGAAGAGGAUGAGGACGACGAAGAGGAAGAGGAGGAGGAGGAAGAAGAGGAGGAGGAAGAGGAGGAAGAGGAAGAGGGGGAAGGGGAUGAAACACAGAGGGCUGAUCUGAGUUUGGACGUUGACAGUGAUGUAGUUCGGGAGACGGUGGACUCCCUUAAACUGCUGGCACAGGGCCACGGCGCCGUGCUGUCUGACAGUUUAGAUGGACAGGAAUUUGAGGACAGUACAGGGGAGAACAGGGACGAGACUGACUGUGUCCACAAUGGGGGGAAUGCACACAAUGGUGGUAAUGGACAGGUUAAGACCACCAGUAACGGACAAAUAGAAAACAGCGAUGAGGAAGUGUGUUUAAGCAGUCUGGAGUGCCUACGGAACCAAUGCUUUGACCUGGCUCGGAAACUAAGUGAAACUAAAUCCACUGACCGCAAUGGGCCAUCCCAGCCAAAUCAUUUCUUAUGCGGGGAUCCCAAUCAACAGCCCCAGCAUCAUGGCUAUGGGGAUUUCCACCAUAGCCAAGAUGACAGGCGGACGCUUGAUAGGAAUUAUUCCGACAUGGACAAUCUCAUGAAGCUCGAGGAGCAGCUGAGCCCACGCUCCAAGGCCUUCUCCAGUUGUGCACAGGACAACCGAUAUCACACCAACCACCGGGACUUUGAUGAGGACACAGCCUCGGUGACGUCGGACCGAUCGGAAGAGGUGUUUGACAUGACAAAGGGGAAUCUGUCCCUGUUAGAGAAGGCCAUUGCACUAGAGUCAGAGCGCGCCAAGGCAAUGCGGGAUAAAAUGGCAGCCGAGGCGGCCAGAAGGGAAGGGGUGAGGUAUACCCAUGAAGACCACGGGCCGAGGCAUGGCUACAGCGUUGAGCGUAAAGCCCGGCUUCCAGAUGGUUUGAAGAAGCCUUUCUACCAUAAAGAUGCUUCCCGUGCAGACAAGAAGGAGAGUCGGUGUCCCACACCCGGCUGUGACGGCACGGGUCACGUGACGGGCCUGUACCCCCACCAUCGGAGCCUGUCCGGCUGUCCGCACAAAGACAGGGUUCCACCGGAAAUUGUGGCAAUGUAUGAGAAUGUUCUUAAGUGUCCUACGCCUGGCUGCACGGGACGUGGCCAUGUCAAUAGCAACAGAAACUCUCACAGAAGUCUGUCAGGAUGUCCCAUUGCUGCAGCCGAGAAGCUGGCUAAAGCCCAGGAGAAGCACCAGAGCUGUGACGGCCCCAAGUCCAACCAGGCCUCUGACCGAGUCUUAAGGCCAAUGUGCUUUGUCAAACAACUGGACUAUCCACAGUAUGGUUACAAGAACAAUGUUUCCACCAGCACGCCCCGCUCCAACCUGGCCAAGGAGCUGGAGAAGUACUCCAAGACCAGCUUCGACUACAGCGCCUUCGACGGCAGCAACAACCACCAAGUGUACGGGAAGCGAGCCAUCGCACCCAAAGUUCACGGACAAAGGGACACCUCCCCGAAAGGAUACGAUGCCAAACGUUACUGCAAGAACUCCAGCUCGGCCAGCAGCACCACCAGCACCUACGCUCCCAGCAGUAGCAGCAGCAGCCUGAGCUGUGGAGGAGGCAGAGGGGGCACGGGAGGAGGCGGAGGGGGCGGGGGUAGCAGCGCCAGCAGCACCUGCAGCAAGAGCAGCUUUGACUACAGUCACGACAUGGAGGCUGCCCACAUGGCGGCCACGGCCAUCCUCAACCUGUCCACACGCUGCCGGGAGAUGCCGCAUGGCAUGGGAGGGAAGCCCCAGGACCUGUGCUCACAGAGUCCCGGUCUAGACGUUGAUGAGAACGGUACGUUGGACCUGAGUAUGAGCAAGCGUCUGUGCAGUGGCGGUGCAGGGGACUCGGUGCUCACCCCUCUAGAGCCCAUGUCCCCCCAGAGGCAAGCCGCCCUGCUGGGCUCCCGCUGCUAUGGCAUGGGGGACGCAGACUGCUGGGACCUGCCUGUAGACUACACCAAGAUCAAACACAUAGACGAGGACGAGAAAGAGGAUGACCUGGAUCCCUUCCACGACCUGCUGGAGGACCGCUCCUACACCACAGAUGUUAACAUGCCCAGCCCCAAGCCCAAGUAUGUCCAGUGCAAGGAGAGUAAGAAGGACCUGAUAACAUGUCCCACACCGGGGUGUGAUGGAAGUGGUCACUUGACGAGCAAUUUCGCCUCACAUCGAAGUCUCUCAGGUUGUCCUUUAGCUGAUAAAAGCAUUCGAAGCAUGCUGGCCAACAACGCACAAGAGCUCAAGUGCCCGACACCAGGGUGCGAUGGUUCGGGACAUAUCACUGGCAACUACGCGUCACACAGAAGUCUUUCAGGGUGUCCGCGGGCCAGGAAAAGUGGGAUAAAGAUCAUCCACAGUAAAGAGAACAAGGAGGACCAGGAGCCUAUCAGGUGUCCAGUCCCAGGGUGUGAUGGUCAGGGACACGUAACAGGAAAGUACGCAUCCCACAGAAGUGCAUCAGGAUGCCCCAUAGCAGCCAAGAGACAGAAAGACGGCUACCUAAACGGCAUUCAGUUCACAUGGAAGUCUGGCAAGACAGAGGGCAUGUCCUGCCCAACACCAGGCUGUGACGGCUCUGGUCACGUCAGCGGCAGCUUCCUGACGCAUCGGAGUCUGUCUGGUUGUCCACGUGCCACCUCCGCCAUGAGGAAAGCCAGGCUGUCGGGGGUGGAAAUGCUAACAAUAAAGCAGCAACGCGCCAGCAACGGACUGGAGCAUGAAGAGGAGAUCAAACAGCUGGAUGAAGAAAUCAAAGAUUUAAGUGAAUCGAAUUCACAAGUGGAAGCAGACAUGAUCAAACUUAGAACACAGAUCACAACAAUGGAGUCCAACUUGAAGUCCAUAGAGGAGGAAAACAAGGUGAUUGAACAGCAAAAUGAAUCUCUCCUGCAUGAGCUGGCCAACCUCAGCCAGUCACUGAUAAACAGUUUAGCUAAUGUCCAGCUCCCUCAUAUGAAACCACUGGCACACAAAGAGCCUCCUCUAAGGAACAACAGCUGCUUACAGCUGCACCAGCAAGAGCCAAUAAGCGAGCAGAACUUCGACGCCUACGUCACCACUCUGACAGAUAUGUACACGAACCAAGACCAGUACCAGAGCCCGGAGAACAAAGCCCUGUUGGAAAACAUCAAGCAAGCUGUUCAAGGGAUCCAAGUGUAGCCAUUCAGCAGAGGGACAUUUUUGUUCCCCAGCAGGUGUGGGUGGUGAUUCAGAAUCCACAGACAAACAGGCAGUGAUGGUUUGAUCUCCUCCGGUUUGGUGCAGUAACUUCUAUAGUGUUAUAUAUUCUAAAUUCUGUUCUUUGAAAAAAAAAAAAAGAGGUAUUACGCUUAGGAAGACCUCAAGAUUAUUUCUUUCUCUCAUUUCUUUUUGGGUCUUGCUUUGAGGAAGAACAUAAAAGAGUAAACCGCAAAAUAGUUUUUGAGGACAUUCACAUUUUGUACGUUUUCAUAUGAGCUGACAUAGUGUCAUGUAAUGUUUCUAGCUGCUCAUGUAUGCACAUUUUUAGUGUAUAUUUCUGAACAGUAAGCUAAUGAUAAUGGAACGUGAGUUCUUUUUAUUGCUUGACAACAAAGCAUUUUAGAUGAAAAAAAGUGGACAGUGAAAUAAAAAUUAAAAAACUACAAGCAAGGAGGAAGCUACUUAUUUUUCUCCUCAGUGGAAGAUUUUGGACUUAAUGAUUUUAGAUGUUUUUUUUCUUCUUCGUCUUCUUCUUCUUCUUGCGUGUAGAUUGUUCAAGAGCAAGAACUGGUUUGCAAAUCGCUUUAUUUUCUGACAAUGCUUGAGAAACGUUUGUGCUUUGUUCUGAUGAAAAGAAACGAUGUGUAGCUGUAGGUGGGGGCAUUUUUAAUUGGUGCUGUAAAUGAAUCUGGAGAGGAAACUGACCUGAUGUAUGUAUGAAUGUAUGUAUGAACAGUUAUAUUGUAAACAUCAUUACACGGAAACCCGAUGGUGGAAAUCCCAUUCUAUAGGAGAGCCAAUUAAUUCCUAGAAAAACACAUCUGUGCGGCGCAUGCAUGUUCACAUGCUCAUCGUUAAUUAGUCUCAAGUAGUAAAGAUGUGUGAAGACAAUGACCUAUAGGAACCACAGUCUAGCCUUUCUAGUAUCAAAUCUGCUCAAUUUGGAGACUUGUGUUGCUAGGAUCCAGAAACGUCUCAGCAAUAGAAUAAUUAAAUCAUUUGUUUAUAGUCGGUACGGGAUGCAAUCUGCAAAGGAAAAAAAGUUGGGUAUAUGCAAUUUCUUGUUUAUAAGCAUAGCGGGGUAACAUGAAUCUUUUUAAUAUAGCCUAUGUAAAAUAUUGAUUUUUAUACAAAUCUUUUAAUACAAAAAGUCUUUUUAAAAAAGAGGAGGGAACCUGGACAUUGAGUAUUGAUGCGAAAGUAUAUGAGUUCCACUUUUUUUCUGUACGAUUUUGCACAGGGACACCUUCGUUUCCAUGUUUUGAUGUUCUUACAGAAGCUAAAAGCAGUACCCGAGGGCCUAAUAGGAGGGUUUCAGAGGGUUUUGUAAAGAGUAUUUAUAGAGUAUGACAGCGGGACUUACAGGGUCACUGUCCCCACUUAUGUGCCAGUAGACUAUUUGCACUUGUCCUUGAAGAUAUUAUCCUUACGUACGGCAGCGUGCAAUUUUCCAGGUGACCUCUUUGGCACACGAUUGGAGCAACCAACUGCUUGGAGCCAAUGUAGGCGUGGAUUUAGUACCACUGAGAGAGGAGGAACAGGGACUAGAAAUCAGAGAAGAGGAUGAUUAUAACCAUAGCAGUUAUACUGUAGGCUAUUAUCAAGUGUAAAAACAUUAACAAAGUUCUUUCAUUUUUGCUAUGUUUUAGGAAGAUGAAGUUAUCCCCCAGCAGCACUUUAUAUCUAAUCACUGUACAAAGGAUUAAAUAGUCAAUCAAUUCAAGGUUUUAAAAAAAAGCAGAAGCAACAAAGGUCUGGUAAAAGGAGACCUUUGUGGGGUGAUACAAUCCAGCGUCACAUCCGUAUGCCUGACUGUAUGCACCCCUCCAUUCUGUUGUCCUAGUUGUUAGCGAUCAUGUUCAGAAUUUGCCUUUUUGAGAGCUAAUGCAAAAGGUGCUUGUUGUUCACCUGAUUGAAUCUCAUCUAUUGUACUUUACUGUCCUCUUUCAGGACUCUACUACCCAUCAUCCAUGACUGCAUACGCCUUUUUCCACAGCAUCGUGUCUGCAGCUUUUUGCCAAUAUAGUAAUGCUUCAGUAGAGUAAUAGCUAGUACCAGUUUUUGAAUUAAUUCUCAUUAUCAGUGAAAAUGGAAAAGGGAUUUUAAAGCACAAACCAGCUGCUCAUCUGAUGUUGGUACAUAAAUAACAAAACUGAAAAGAGUUAUCUGUGACUAUCUAUAGGGAACACAAAAAGGUCGUCACAUAUUUAGAAUGCUGACUUUUCAUAUAAAUUAUUGUGAAUUCAUCAGAGUUUAUUAUUUUGUUUGAGCCAGUUCAUUUUGAGAUUGAUUUCAGUGACCAUUAACAAAGACAGGAUUUUGUAUAAACUAUUGUGCUCUCUGUGGAACUGAAGUUUGAUUUAUUUUUGUACUACACAGCAUGGAUUUGUUGACAUUUUAAUUUUGCUAUAAAUGUGUGAGAUCACAAGUUGCUGUGAUAUUUCAUUUAUAAAUUGUGAACUUUGUACAAUUUUUGUCAUGCUGGAUGUUGACACAUCUUACUCAGAAUAAAGAAAAAAUGUGUUGCCAGAGGCCUGUAAAAUGA